ACGUCACAAGGCUGCGUCGCGCUACUAUACUGUUGUGAUUCGGCUGAAGAAAGGACAAACUCCUGGUGAAGCGACUGAGAUCCACAUGACACACUAUUGUAAAGAUGGCGUUUAUUAAAGAGGAGAGUGAAGACGUGAAGAUUGAAGAAACAUUGACAGUGAAACAUGAAGAUACUGCGGGACAAUCAAAGAUGGCGUUUAUUAAAGAGGAGAUUGAACACAUGAGGAUUGAAGGAACAUUCAGUGUGAAACAUGAAAAAACCGAGGAACAGAAAAAGGUGCUGUUUAAUAAAGAGGAGAGUAAAAACAUGAAGAUUGAAGAAACAUUCACAGUGAAACAUGAAGAUACUAAUGAACAAACAGAUCUGAUGAUGCUAAAAGAGGAGAUUCGAGAUCCGAAUGAUACAGUAGAGAAAGAUCAGUUUGAGAAACGUGAUAUCACAAUUGGAGAAAAGUCAUUAAGUUGCUCACAGACUGAACAGACUUCACCAAAAAGAGCUCAAAAGACAGCAAAUAGAAGUUAUUUCACCUGCCAAGAGUGUGGAAAGUGUUUCACUCAAAAAGGAAAUCUUAAAUGUCACAUGAGAAUUCACACUGGAGAGAAGCCAUACACAUGUCAACAGUGUGGAAAGAGUUUCACACAUCAAGGAUCCAUUUAUACCCACAUGAAAGUUCAUUCUGGAGAGAGCCCGUACACCUGCGAACUGUGUGGAAACAACUUUAAUCGAAAAGACCAUCUUAAGACUCACAUGAGAGUUCACACUGGAGAGAAACCUUUCACAUGUGAUAAGUGUGGACAAUGUUUCACACGUAAAGAGAGCCUUAAUAACCACUUGAGGGUUCACAUUAAAGAGAGCUUUUGUAAAUGUCAUCAGUGUGGAAGGAGUUUCACAGACAAGAAACAGCUUAAGAGGCAUUUAAUAACUCACUCCGAUGAGAAGUCUUACAUGUGCCAUUACUGUGGAAAGAGUUGCACAAACAACACAAACCUUAAAGUCCACAUGAGAAUUCACACUGGAGAAAAGCCUUACAGCUGCCAACAGUGUGGAAAGAGUUUCACUGGAAAAGAAAGUCUUAAGAUUCACAUGAGAAUUCACACUGGAGAAAAGCCUUACAGCUGCCAACAGUGUGGAAAGAGUUUCACUAGAAAACAAAUUCUUAAGAUUCACAUGAGAGUUCACACUGGAGAGAGCCCUUACACCUGCAAACUGUGUGGAAAAACCUUUAAUCGAAAAGGAAAUCUUAAGACUCACAUGAGAGUUCACACUGGAGAGAAGCCUUACCCCUGCAAACUGUGUGGAAAGAGAUUUGCACAACAGAGAACCCGUUAUAGCCACAUGAAAACUCACACUGGAGGGAUCCACAUAUCUUUAGUGCGUAAUGCACCUUUCCUGAAUUGUAUGGAGAAUGAUUCCGAUAGAGAUGAUACGCCAGGAAAAGAAUCACGGAUCGCAGCUUCCACUGUGGUUGAUUCUCAAGGUAAUCAUGCUGUCUAAUACUUGUCUCCUUUCCUUUUUAUAAUUUUAUUUUCCUAUUUUUAAUGCAAUUUUUUGGGAGAUUUUUUAUUAUUUUUAAUUGUAUAUACAGUACCUUUAA